UCAGUCCUCUCCGCCAUCUGGAAAAGUAAUAGGAGAGUUUUACUCGGGGAGGAGAUCAGUGAAAGGAAGGGGGGGAUCUAUGGUUUUGGCCCAGAUGUGUGAAGGUCUGUCUUCGAGCCCUACAGGGCUGUGUUUUUUUGGAUCUUGCAGCCAAUGCGAAAAAAAGGUAAUAAUGAGAGGGGCCAGCGAGCACGAAUUGGCAGCACUCCCGAAGCUGCUCUGAAUAGGAAGCGAAGAGCAGCAUGCACGCCGGAGAAAGGCUGGAAAAAGCGAGUCGACGUCGGAUCAAAGGGGGAAAUGCAUAACAGAUGCCCGAGUGCGCUCCCUCCCCUCGCCUCCGUGUCGGUCACACGUAAAAUCCGUCCCCAGCCUGAAAGCGGUCCAGCGGGGGACUACCAGCGGAGGGGAUGGGACGCGGCUCGCCUCCCCUCCUAACGUGCACGGCUGUCACUGCGAGCGGCGGACCAGCGGCAUCGUACCACCUUUUUUUAUCUUUUUUUUUUUUGCGGAUUGCCCGUGGAGUCUCUCCAUCUCCAGAGGGGUUGGGGGAAGCGGCUGGAUGGACGCAAGCAAACACGGCUUUGUCUGAGCUGUAACGCGAUUGCGGAGGUGAGGGCACGGUGAGCCGCUCUCCGGAGCCCGUGUGGUCCGGUGCGUUGCGGAAUCGGGGUCUCCGACCAGCCCCCCGUCGCUACGCGCGGACGCCGCGCACAUUAAACCGAGUGGAUGCGGAGCGGAGCGGAGCGCUGCGCACCAAUGAUCGCCUUCGCUGUGUGAAGGGGAACCAAGGCGCUAUAUCCACACCAUUCAAGACAGGAGUGAGUGAGAGAUGACCCUGGUCCUGUCCAUGAAUUCAUUUUGCGACCACGCCGCCUGCGAGGAGGAGUCCACCCUCCCACAGUACCAGCCCAUCUGGGAGUCCGAGCGCUGCAGCAAGAGCUGUGUCUCCAGCCCCUCGCCACAAGGAGGCGCCGUGGAGCAGCUCGUGGAGGAGCCUCACUGCAGAAGACCACCGGAUCAUGUGGUGGCCUCGAGGAUCGCCUACUUUAAAAGGAAGUAUGUGGAGGAGGACCAGCCUCCCUUCAGCUUCAGAGGCUACUGCCAGACCGUGGCGCCAGUGCUGGAAGAGCGUGCACACGUGCUGCGCCUGUCCCUGGAGAAGAUGCGCUUUAUCGACGACCCCGAGGCCUUCCUGCGACGCUCAGUGCUUGUCAACAACCUGCUGCGCCGGCUUCGUGCUGAGAUCCUGCUGCAGAGCGAGUGGUGCCUCCCACCAGGCCCCGCCCCCACCUGCCCCUGGGAGGCCCCUCCGGGGCCCUACCGCAAGCGCUUCCGGCUAAUCCGCGGGGAGGCCCCAGAAUGCCUGCAGACCUGCUGCUGCUUCUGUGGGGGGCGCUAUCUGCGCUUGCCAUUCUCCGUCUAUGAAGACACAGCCACCUCCUCUUCCUCCUCCUCCUCGUCAUCGUCCUCCACCUCCUACGCCUCAUCCUUCUGCACGUCCUCCUCUCCCCCCUUUCCCCAGCUGCUCCCCACAGAUGGUAGGAAGACCCAUCUGGACUCCUUGUACCCUGGGCCGGACCUGCCCGAGGCAGGCGGCGCUGAGGGGCCUGCGGACCCCAAGGAGCGGCCCAGGUCGCGUGAAAGGGAGCGGCCCAAGGCGGGUCAUUCGCGCUGGGGUGAGCUCGGACCUGAGCCAGGGGUCCAGGAGAGCAGGAGACUGUGAAGCAGAGAGAGCGAGAGGGAGGGGGCUGGGGGGGUCCGCCGGCACGCCGAGGGGCAGCCAGAACCAGCUGAGGUUUUUCAUUUGAGACGUUUGGGCAGGUCCAGCACGGCCCGUUUGGAUUGAGGUCCAUUUCCACAUCUUCAUCUGCCCGCUCUCCUGGUCUUUCCCAUGAAGCCGUCACAUUUGUCCAGAUUGACAAACACAUGGUGCCUUAAUUUUAUAAAUGUUUUUUUGUUUCUGAUCUUGUACCGUCUAUAAUUUCAUGAAAUUCGCUGCAGCAGCACAUAACCAGAAAGGCUGUUUUUGGAGGCCCCCCCAGCUCAGUACGGAGUCCUGGGGGGUGUGACCCCACUGGCCAUCACCUCCAGGGGGCGCUGCUGUCUAGGCCCGAGGUGAGGUGCAGAACGACAUAAUUCAGACAUAAUGACAUAAUUUGGACAUAAUUCAUGCCUCACCCAGAAUGAAGGACCCUAAUACGCUGAUUGCAAAAAAGACUACCUUACCCCCCCCCCCAGCCAGAGGGCGGCACGCACCCUGCGUGAAGCGAGAAGUCAGGUGACCCAGCUGGCCCUCUGUUCUCCAUGGUAACUGCUGGAUUUCUCCGCCUCGCGACCAAAUCGCAUCUCCAGAGACAUUAUCUGUUGAAUAGCUACCAUUCUGACGAAGUGCAGGCGAAAGAACCUUCCGGAAAGACUGUAUUAAUUUUGUGAAUUUUCCUUCAGUAGUUUAAAUUUGCUUUGAUUUAUCGAGAGCUUUCUAGAAUCAGAUGACAAUGAAACCCAGGCAGGGAGCGACACUGCAGCAGGAUUGGAUAUAAACACUCAGAAGCACAAAGGUUUGCUUUUUCUUAAAGGGAUGGUGGUUAGCAGUGAACCCACUUUGAUCAGGCGUUCUGUGUGAUGUUUUUGUGACAAUUGUAAAAAUUAUAAUGAAUAAAAUGUUAUCGCGUGUG